AUGCAUUUCCAGGAUGUGCAAGUUUCUUCUGAUCGAACGGUUGGAUCACUGGAUUUGGGCGGCGCAAGUACUCAGAUCGCCUUUGUCCCAUCCCCCGUUCCCACAACCUUGGAGAAGACUGCUGACAUGUUUCCGCUGAAGCUUUUCGGAGGCCAAUACGACGUCUACAGUCACAGUUUUCUGUGCUAUGGAAAGAACGAGGCUGAGCGCCGAGUAAUGGGUGCAGCCAUC